AAAUGUUAACAAGCUGAGACAAUGUGUGGAAACAAUGAUUAACUGGGACACAACUCCAACAAUUGCGUGUUUGUUUUGCUUUCUUUUCCAUUACAAAUGCUGAACCCGGGACCGGAAACAUGACCCACAACGUUUCUAAGUUCCUGUUUGGAGGGAAUGGAAAUGGUCGAAGAGAAAUGGCAACUCUUUCGAUCACCCACCACACCAAACUCAAAAUGAUAGAACUAAAAAAGCAAAUAGACUGGUGGAGUACAGGUUUAUGACAUUGAGGCACAGGCACAAAAUCAACAUUGAGCAAUUGGAAAGCAAAAAUCCCCCAUUUUACGGUCUUUCCUAAAAAUCUUCCAAUACAUUACAUUAUUUUUCCAUUCCAAGCUGAACCCGUGAACUGAUUGUAACAAAGGUACAAAAUGUACUGAUAAUGGUAACCUUUUUGGUGUUCCUCUUGCUAGUCUGGUUGCGUGAUCGUGCGAGUGUGAUAAAGUACAAACCGUUAAAGAAUUCCCUUUGCAUCAGAAACAUUGCUUCCAGGCGGAGCAGUACAUGAUUUUAUCAGGAUGUUUUUUUUUAUCUGUUUCACUCGAGGAGAUAGAAAUGAUGCAGUAUAAAAGAAAAACUUAUUGGCGAUAUACUUUCAUUUGUAGUUCCAUACUCGUUCCAGUACUUUCGCCCACGUGUCCUAUCACUUGCAGCUGUUGUUGCCCUGUAGCGGUUACUAUUGGGCAGUUGGUAUUGGUGUAAAAAGGGUUACAACAUUGUAAAAUGUUAACUCUGCCGGUGCGAUUGGCUUUAUUUGUGGUGUAUUUGGUUAGUGCCACCGGUGGAAGCCAUGUAGUGUCGGUGACACAAUUUCAAACUUCAUCAUGUGCCGACCGCCAAGCGCCCGGUAUAAUUUGCGCCAACUGCAACACGGUGGCCGUUUGCGUUAAGAUAGGCUCGGUGUGGGAACCGUCUCUGGUCGAAGCCUGCAACGCGGACGAGGGCCUGUACUGUAACGAGUUCGAGGGAGGAUGCUCUACCAGCAUUGGGUCGUGCAAUCCGACCGGGGGAGGUGGCUUUGAGUGUAACACGCCCGGCGUGUUUCCGGAUCCGUUCAACUGUCGGCAGUACCACAUGUGCUUCCUAAACGGCAACAAUCCAGUUGCGAUUAAUAUGGACUGUGGAGGGGCGGCCUUUUCACCAGCAAGUGGGGAUUGCUCCCUACCGCUGAACGAUACCGUCUGCCUAACGCCACAAUUCAACUGCAGCUUCGUGGGACAAAUGGCGGCCUGGCCGGGAAAUAACAACAUCUACUACAUCUGUGCAGCGGAAACGGUACAGGGAAAUCGUCUACUGCGCCCACGGUUGUACCGCUGCCCGGCCAAUCAAAUGUUCGUCGAAGGACAGUGUGUGCAGCGUGACUGGUCCAACAUGCCACCCGGUACGAUAGUUCCUUACGAAUGCGUACGCCCGGGGUUGUUUGCUGAUCCUGCCCACUGUCGGUACUACUACAGCUGUAACACGGAGCUGGUCGCAACGCAUCUACAAUGCCCAGAAGGAACCUUCUUCAAUGAAAAUACCCUCUCGUGUGUGUUGGGAGUUUGCUAGUAGGAAAUGUUUAGUUGCCGUUUACUUCAUGUUGCAAUAAACAAUCACUUGCGAAUCGAAA